CUCUCUCUCUCUCUCUCUCCAGAGUCCAAACCAUGGGCUUCCACCGCUUCUACGAAACCUGGUUCGACCACCUCCGCCUCCUGGUAGACCAACUCUCCCAAGCCCCGAAACCCCCCACCACCCAGGACCACCACCACGCCCUCCACCACCUGGUCCAGAAGGCCAUGGCCCACUACGCCGAGUACUACCGCGUCAAGUCCCUCGCCGCCAAGCACGACGUCCUCUCCGUCUUCGCCGCCCCCUGGUCCACCUCCCUCGAGCGCUCCCUGCUCUGGAUCGGCGGCUGGAGGCCCACCACCGUCUUCCACCUCAUCUACACCGAGUCCAGUAUAAUGUUCGGGUCGCAGAUUGUGGAUAUCCUGCGUGGGCUCCGGACCGGUGACCUUGGGGACCUUUCGCCGGCGCAGUUUCGACGGGUGAGUGAGUUGCAGUGUGAUACUGUUCGCGAGGAGAAUGCCAUCACCGACGAGUUGUCUGAGUGGCAGGAUGGUUCAGGUGAUAUGCUGGGGCUGGUAUGCGGAAAUACAAAUGGGAAAAUGGAACGGCUUGGGAGGGUUCUGGAGAAGGCGGAUGAUCUAAGGCUGAGGACGGUGCGGAACGUGGUUGAAAUGCUGACGCCGCAGCAAGCUGUCCAGUUCCUCACUGCGGCCGCCGAGUUGCAGUUCGGGGUCCACAUUUGGGGUUUGAACCACGACCGUCGUCGCUCCGACAAAUAAUCAGUGACCGAUCGGGAUCCCUCUCUCCUAUGCACCCUCAGUUUUGUUUUGUGUUUUUCAUAACCGGAUGUCCAGAACCGGAUGUUCAGAUCAAGUUGCGGACACCUCAACUAAUUUCGGAGUCAUAAAAUUAACAAUGCGACAAUCCCUCCAAUGGAAUGUUUGGCCUCAUAGAAUUCAAAUAUGUGAUUC